AUGCUGAGAAAUCAGAAUCAACCACCAGCUCAACAGCCCAAUGCACCUGUUGACCAAGUUGAAAUAGGUCAUCCAGGCUCCAAUGUUUUCGUCACUCAACAGCAAUGGGAUGCAGCUGAUUUCCAAAAUUCAUACACCUCAAUGGGAAUAUCUCUGGUCCGUGCGUUGUUUAAUGAUGACGUACUGAUGGCCAGUAAUUUGAGAGGUGGUCCAAGCAAGAUUCAUAAAAAUGCCCCUCGUAGACCCGGGUUGAAUUCGGUCAUUCCCGGGUUGAAUUCGGAAGCAACUCAUAAUUAA